AUGGCUUUGAGCCCUACUUUCCAGGCCCGCCAUGGUGUUUUCCGACGGGAAACUGAGCCCGUUUCCCGCCCCGAGUCUCCGUCGAAAGUUGGAGAUAAGGGCGAAAUCCACGGAUCUGGCCCAUUAUUUCCCGUCGAUAACCUUCAAGUUGUGGGUAUCUCCAAUCAGAUCACUAUGGUGGAGCUGCUUUGGGUUUAUGUAGUUUCGACCCUUGCGUGUGACUCGCUGACUCCACGAUUUUGUGCCGGCAAUCUGCACCUAUCUCGUCACGGUCCGGACAUGGCGUUUGAGAUGAGACAGUCUGUUCUCCUAGCCGGCCUGCUAGUCGACAUCUGCAAAUACAGGCACAUUCGCCCUACAAUCGGUUUGGGCAAUCUUUCCUGUGCAGUGAGGUUGUAA